CACACACCCAGCGAUAAAACUAAAAAUUCAAUUUUUGUUUUAUUAAAAAAGAACAGACGAAAAUAGAAACAAAAAGCGGUUGCGGGAGAGGAUAAAUCCCAGAACGGGGAGCGGAAAAUAGUCGGAAAAUAUUAAUCAUUUCUUCCCGCUGUCCGCAAGGGAGAGAAAAAGGGCAGGCUUUCCCCCGUCCCUUAUAUUUUCCGGGGGGAUCCAUCUCCGUUCUGCUUGGGCGGCGUCUUCUGAGGCGCAGGCUUUCCCCCCCUCCGCUCUACCCCGGCGGCCGAUUCGCCCCGCCUCGCUCGGCCCUCCAGAAACCAGAACGGGCAGACAUACGUGACGCUGGAGAUAUGCUGUGGUGCUAAUGGAAUGGAAACUGCGGAAGGCUUCUAGAUUUGCAGGAAUUCCUGUUGUGUUUGGCAACUGCUCUUACCAUUCUGGCUCGUGUCAGGGAGGCUUUUCUCCUAGGAGAGGAUCAAUGUCCAAUUAUCACGACGAUCACGUCGAAGACAUGGAGGAUGAUUAUGACAUGGACGACCCCGCUGAGGACAUGGUUGACGCCCACCACGAGCGAGGUUUAAGAGACUCCGAUUCGGAGGAUGACGAGUAUGCCCAUUCGAAUGAUAAGAUCCCAGAUACUUCGGCAGCGGAUGCAAGAAAAGGGAAGGACAUCCAAGGAAUACCCUGGGAGAGGCUAGCUAUCACAAGGGAAAACUACAGACAGACCAGAUUAGAGCAGUACAAAAACUAUGAGAACAUUCCUAAUUCUGGAGAAGCAGCAGCCAAGGAAUGCAAACCGACUGUGAAAGGUGGAAUGUAUUAUGAAUUCAGACAAAAUACUAGAUCAGUAAAAUCAACCAUCCUACAUUUUCAGCUGAGAAAUUUAGUAUGGGCUACAUCCAAGCAUGACGUCUACCUAAUGUCACAUUACUCAGUGCUUCACUGGUCAGCGUUGAGUGGUGUGGACACUGAACUUAUGAAUGUCCAAGGUCAUGUGGCACCAAGGGAGAAGCACCCUGGAAGUCUAUUAGAGGGGUUUUCUCAGACUCAAGUUAGUACCUUGGCAGUCAAGGACAAUUUGCUGGUAGCUGGCGGAUUUCAAGGGGAGCUAAUCUGCAAGCACCUUGAUCGAGAAGGAAUAAGCUUUUGCUGUCGAACAACAUAUGAUGAUAAUGCUAUUACUAAUGCAGUUGAGAUAUUCAAUACUGCUAGUGGUGCUGUUCAUUUCAUGGCAUCGAAUAAUGACUCCGGUGUAAGAGAUUAUGACAUGGAGAGAUUCCAGUUAUGCAAGCACUUUCAGUUUGAUUGGCCAGUAAAUCAUACAUCUCUGAGUCCUGACGGGAAGCUUGUUGUUAUUGUGGGGGACGAUCCUAAUGGUUUACUUAUUGAUGCCAAUUCAGGAAAGACUCUUCAUUCCAUGAAAGGUCAUCACGACUUCUCAUUUGCAUCAGCCUGGAGCCCUGAUGGCCGAACGUUUGCUACUGGGAACCAAGACAAGACAUGCCGAAUCUGGGAUGCGAGGAACCUAUCAAAAGCAGUCCAUGUAUUGAAGGGUAACCUUGGAGCUAUCAGAUCAAUCCGGUUUACGUCGGAUGGGCAGUUCCUGUCGAUGGCGGAACCAGCGGACUUUGUCCAUAUCUUUGACGUGAAGAGCGACUACAACAGAAGGCAAGAGCUGGACUUCUUCGGCGAGAUAUCUGGGAUGUCUUUCAGCCCCGACACAGACUCCCUCUUCGUCGGCGUGUGGGAUAGAACAUAUGGUAGCCUCCUCCAGUUUGGGCGUCUGUAUAACAAUUGGUACCAUGACUCGCUGCUUUGAGGCUAAAGCGGAGCGGAUGUCGGGCCUGCAUGUCUGUCCCCCCACAGCUGCACUGAAUCUCGCAGCAUAAGUUAGGUGUCUCCCUGAAAUCGGAAUUUCUCGAGUUGACCUGCAUAAUUCAAAUUAAUAAAUGUUGUAUCCUUGUAUGUGUAUAUAAACAAAUGUACAGAUGCCUAUAGCCUGUGUGCCGGGGUAGAGCGCAUCUCAUCAUAUAUGUUUAGGUUCCAGUUAGUUGUAAGGCAUAUUGACUCAAGUCGAGUGACGCUGUGAACAUUGUCGUCGAUGAUGUUGUGACUUGUACGAUGAACGACAUCCGCUUACUUGCGUCAUGUUCUGUC